CAAAUCCACGCCCUGGCUAGCAGUAAUUUCUAAAGCGCAGGAACCCAUUUGGUAGUGUGGUUUUUGGCUGAAGGCACAACAUGCAAAGAAGUUUUAAAAGCUCCAAAUUACAGAGGGUAAAACACUGCUGCAAACAAAGCUCUUCCCAUGUUUCUCCUGCUAGUGAUGCAAAGACCUGGAGCUUUGUGUCUCACUUCAUGGAUCACAGGAACUGGAGUUCUGUGUUUAAGCUUCUUGCAGCAGACUCUGCGUCGGACUGUGAGCUUGGUGAGAGGUGCAUCAGGCAAAGUGAUGAAAACUUUAGCAGCUGGUAUGUGUGGUUCCUGAUGUUGUUUUUCCUGGCCUUGCUUCUGUCUUGCGGGAUCUGCUGCUGCCUGCAGUGCUGGCUGAAACGGCGGAGCUGCCUUCCCCACCGGCGCACCCAGGCUGUCUUCGCACUCAGCAGUUCAGAUGCCUUUUGUGGCAAAACUGCACCAGCCUACCUGAGCCACCAGCAGCACCCUGGGGUCUGUCAGAAAGUUGUGUUGCGAGUGAAGCACCUCAGUGUCCGUUCUCUGGAUCUCUGAGCCCCUGCAUGACCACAGAGAUGUCCUCUUCUCCUGCCCCACGGUUCAGCCUUGGGGAAAUUGAGUUGCCUCCAUCCUAUGAGGAUAUUAUGAAGGAAAACAAGCUCUAGACACCACAUGUUUGCUUUCUGUGAUUCCACUUUUUCCAUCAGAGAUCUUCCAUUAUGCUAUAGUAGUGUGAGAUCAAAUCAGCCCUUUCUGCAGGCUGGCCAAGAGACUGAAAGGCAGCACAUACUUCUUCUAAACCUAAAACAUAAGACUAAAUGCAACAGAAUAAAUGCCAAAAGCAUGUGUUGAAUUUGUCACAGGAACUCAACCUGACAUUUUGAUGGGGCUCUGGGUUUCAAGAAGCUCCCUCAAAGGCUUGUCUGCAUUCAGGGUUUCUGUCUCAGCCUCCAGAUUUAUCUCUGUAAGGUUGCUUGAGUUGGUGCAAACCUGUGCAGUUUAGGACCGAAUGUUGAUAAAUGACUUGAUAGUUCCUUCUCAGACUUGGGCUGCCUCUUUCAUUCGGCAGGGUGCCAACAAACACCCUCUGGCAAAGUCAUGUUGUUCUAAUACAUUGUAAUGCAAUCA